UGUUUGGACUGGCGCAGGAAUCUUGCGGUUGAUCUUUUUAGAUACUUGUUCUUCCUCUUUCAAGAGAUGGACAAGUAACAAGUGCCUUUAGGGGGAUAUCAACUCUCACGAUGCGUAUGAAUGAUUCUUCAAUUGGUUAAUUUUCUAAAUUCUAAAUCCAAUUUUGUUUAUGUUGUGUCUAUACAUCUUCUACUGUCUAGAUCAGUUUUCUUCCAAAACACAUUCAUCCUUCAAAGUUUGGAUGGAUUCAGGGUUCUUCGCGUUGCCUAUUUUUAUGAUGCAGAAGGUGACACUUUUUUUAGCAUGAUCGGUUUUAGCAUCAAGUUUCCUCAUAUUUGCAAUUUACAACUGAAAUUUUUCUGUAACCACCGAGUCCUGGAGAUUGUCCUCCAUUCCUAGGAGUUGAUGGUAAAAGACUUCAGAAAGAAUGGUUCUGGUAACAUAAGGUCAACUAGUGCUGUAAAAUAUACAAGUGGUAUAGGGCUACAUCACUGUCCUGGAUAAGGGAUGGUUAGGCUGCCACGUGUAAAUCUGAUGGCCAUGUCAAUGACUUGUGGAUGAGCCUUUUUCCCCCCACACCUUGUGAACCCAAUUCUAAAGGGAAAAAAACUGGAAAAAAUCAGGAUAAGACCCUUGUGGAGAGCUCGUGGUGCAGGCACUCCAUCAUAAUCUCAACAUUCAUCCGACGGCUGACAUUGACUUGGACAAAAGGAUUAAUAUUAUUCUCAGCCACAUUGCUCCCUUCACUAUUCUUUCUUUUACCCUGACUUGUACUUAACAGAGAGCCAAAGAGAAGAGGGUGGGCUGAGAUGUCUUCAUUGACCAUUUUUGUUCCGCCGGCGGUGGCCACUGGAAGAGUGUACCGUGCCACAGCGGCAAAGGGCGGGAGCGAGGAGAAAGGGUUCUUUGACUGGAUAAUUGGUGGGAUGCUGAAGGAAGAUCAGAUGCUGGAGACUGACCCAAUCCUGAAGAAGGUGGAGGAGAAGAAUGACGGCGGCCGUAAAAGCACGGUCGCUGUCCCUCCCAAGAAGAAGGAUGGCGGCGGCUUCGGUGGCUUUGGAGGCCUUUUCGCCAAGAAUGAAAAGUGAACAUUGUACCUUAUCCUCCCUCCCUCCCUCCCCGUCCAUUUCUCGCUGUCUCUCUGCUAAAUGAAUCUGCUUGACGAUUCUGAAAUGCUACGUUGUGUUUCCUUUUUGUUGUGUAUGAACAAGUGUUUUUUAUAUGUUUACUACUCCUAUCAAUUCAUUGGCAAUCUGGACUCUGCUCAGGAUAUUGUUAACUGAGAUUCGGAUUAA